UCUGUGUGCGUGGGUAUAAAACUACAAGGUGGAGUAACCAUUACUGUAGAACGCAUCCGAACAGUGCUGCGGCGACACAGACAAAUAAAUCCAAGAUGUUCCGGGUAUACGUGAUAACAGUAUCAGUGUUCCUGAUGGCAUGUGACGUCAUAAGCGACUGUAGCUAUAGCGAUGACGAGUGUGAAUUCACGUUCAUCGUUGAGAAUCAUCUGACAAUGAUGGAUGGUAAGGUUUUGCUAUAUACACGAGAGGGGAAGCUGUAUCACUAUGACGUCCCCAAACCUGCUCCUAGUGACGUCAUCCCCAUGGACAAUAUCGUUACCGCAGAUGGAUAUUUUGAAUCCCGAGUGAUAACUGUGGCUAACAACAGUCUCCCGGGUCCGCCAAUGAUUGUUUACGAGGGUCAGAUGAUCACGGUCCAUGUACACAAUCAUUUGGCCAGCGAUGCGGUGACAAUCCAUUGGCAUGGUCUGCCACAACACGAAACGCCUUGGAUGGACGGGGUGGCCUUUAUAACACAGUGUCCCAUUCUUCCAGGUCAGAAAUUUACAUACCGAUUCAGGGCCACUCCGGCGGGUACUUUCUGGUACCAUUCGCACAUAGGGGCCCAGCGGUCGAUGGGUCUGAACGGAGCCCUUAUCAUCCGAGAGAAGAUUGCCCUCGAGGUUGACGAACACAUUCUCACCAUACAAGAUUGGAACCAUGACAUCGAUUCCGACAUGGCACACAUGAAAAUGAACUAUGGUAAUUACAGAAACGGAAGUAAGGUCGACAAUACAAAGUCUAUAGAGGGCGCUAGUUUCAGUAUGUUUCACAUGCAAUCUGGGCUUAUAAACGGUAGAGGGCGUUACUAUGACGACCAUUCGGGUAAUCACAAUGGCGCGCCUCUUUCUACUUUUGAGGUUUCACACGGAAAAAUGUAUCGUUUCCGAAUGAUUGCAAAUGGCGUUUUGUACCCAUGGAGAUUUUCUAUCGAUAAUCACAUGCUGAUAGUAAUUGCUUCUGAUGGAAUGGACAUUGAGCCAGUGACGGUACAAUCCAUCAUCAUCAACCCUGGAGAGAGAUAUGACUUCCUCUUAAAUGCAAGCCAGAGUCCUUCAAACUACUGGAUCCGAGCAAAGACACUAGAAAUAAAUUUGAACCACACUGCAGAAGCCAUUUUACGCUACAAGGGAGCGAGGGACGUAGAACCAUCUUCGUCUCCUCACACGUGCACACUGACCAAUAAGUGUAACACGCUGAAUUGUCCAUUUAGUGAGUUCCCACCCUGGUAUAAUUCUACUUGUUUUAAUGCCGAUAAAUUCAGACGAAAACACAGCACCACAUCAGCCACCAACAAACCAUUCAUGACACCAGAAGAACCUGCGAGGGAAGAGUUCCUGAAUUUUGCUUUUCCCGGGAUUUCGUUUACACCUGGCUCGGUUAACGGAAGGAAGUUUAAAGCGCCACCCGUGUCUAGUCUAACACAGAUGAGCGAAGUGGAUGACGAACAUCGAUGUAACGAUCAAGAGUGUGGUGAAGAUAAGAUAUGCUACUGUUUUAACACACUCAAUCUAGACUAUAACAAAACGUAUCACCUUGUAUUCCUCAACAUGGGACUCGGCCGGGGCUGGGCUCACCCCAUACAUAUGCAUGGACACUCAUUUGAAAUCAUUAAGAUGGGAUUUGCUGUGUAUGACAGUAACAGUCAAAUAGUCUCUGAUAAUCCAGAUAUUAACUGCAACGGAAAUGGUAAAUUAAGUUUCUGCAACCAGGCAUCUUGGUCUAACACGUCAUGGUAUGGCAACAAUAUCCCUGGUUUGGAGCUAGAUAACCCUCCACGGAAGGAUACAGUCAUAGUGCCAUCUGGUGGAUACGCAAUCGUCAGAAUCAGGUCAGAUAAUCCAGGUCUUUGGUUCUUGCAUUGUCACAUUGAACUACAUAACCUGGACGGUAUGGCUAUGGCGGUCAACGAAUCUUUGGAGCACGUUCCACCACCACCGGAAGGGUUUGCAGAAUGUCGGGACUUCCGGUACGAACAGCGCCACCACGCGGGGAGUAAACACAAGCGUUCUGUGGAGGUAGACAUGAUUUCAGAAACGCAAACAGACAGGAAUGGCACCAAACCGUUUGUUGUUUUGACAUCACACCAGUUUUGGACAGUACUGGCCUUGCUGAUUGUGGUUAUCUGCCUGCUUCUGACCGUCAUCGUAUGGCUUGGCCUCAGCAGGAGGAAUGUAAACUAUGUGAACAAGCAGUGACCGAUGUGUCGGUCCCAAAUCUUACAAAGUUUUAUUUUUUAUUGAAACAUAAGAAAAGAGUGAUUUCGUUAAAUGCAAUUUCAUAAGUUUUGGCAUAAAAGAAAUUCAAUUCUUUUAACUCCAACAUAUUUUUCGUAAUUAUGUUUUAACAAUUCAACAUUCCAAUGAUUAUAAACUCAACCCAGCUGACGACAACUCAUUAGGAUAGCGUGAUAAUGUUAACAUUCCAAUGAUUAUAAACUCAACCCAGCUGACGACAACUCGUUAGGAUAGCGUGAUGGUGAUCACAUUUCAAUGUUCGUUAGCAGCAUUAUACCUUACAGCAUUCAAAAUGAAUGAUUUAAACUAAAAACUUAAUUUUCCAAAUAAUCGAUCGUAUUUUCCUCGCGCGCAAUUUAAUUUUCCUCACAAAUGAUUUUCAAAUAAGAGGUAAUAAAGAUAUAAUAACUGUUCACAAGUGUAAUCAUAUUGUCCUCACGCGCAACCAAAUUGUCAUCACACGCCACAUGAAUUGUCCUCAAACUUGGCCAUAGUCUUCACACGCGACCAUAUUGUUCUCAUGCUCGACCAUAUUGUCUAUAUCUGCGACCAUUUUGUUCUCACGCGCAACCUUAUUGUCCUCACGCGUAAACUCAUUGUUCUCAUGCGCGACCAUAUUAUCCAUACGCGCGAUCAUAUUUUUCUCAUGCGCAGCCAUAUACAAUAUGAAGUCCUUACGCGCAACCAAUUUGUUCUCUCGCGCGACAAUAUUGUCCUUAACACGCGACCAUAUUGUCCCCAACACGCACCAAUAUUGUCAUCACGUGCGACUUUAUUGUCCACGCGCGACCAUAUUAUUCUCAUGCAUGACCAUAUUGUCCUCAUCUUCGACCAUUGUGUUCUCACGCGCAACCUCAUUGUCCUUGCUCAACAUAUAAUAUAUACUGUCUGCACACGCGACCAUAUUGACCUCAAACGUGACCUUAUUGUUCUCACAAGCGACCAUAUUGUCCUCCCGCACUACCUUACUGUCCUCGCGCCCGACCAUAUUGUCCUCACCCGCGACCAUAUUGUUCUCACGCGCGACCAUAUUGUCCACACGCGCGACCUCAUUUUCUUAACACGCAACCAUAUUGUCCUCCCGCCCGACCAUAUUGUCAUCGCAUCCUACCAUAUUGUCCUCACGCGCGGCAAUAUUGUCCUCACACCUGACCAUAUUGUCCUCACUCGCGGCAAUAUUGUCUUCACGCACGACCAAAUUGUCCUCCCGCGGGACCAUAUUGUUCUCACGCGUGACCAUACUGUCCUUAAGCCCGAUCAUAUUGUCUUCAAGCGCGAACAUCCUGUCAUCAUCCACGACCUUAUUGUCCUAACGCGCGACCAUAUUGUUCUCACACGCGACCAUAUUAAUCUUCGCAUAGUUUGUCUUCAGCCAUUACUUGUUCACGUUUGCGUUACAAAGUUUACAAUUUAUCGAGUCGGAAAGGGAACGAUGAAGUCAAAUUGCAAUCAGCGAGAUGACAUAAAUUACACCUGAAACAGUAUACAGAGGUUAACUGUUGUAUUCAUGUGGUUAUGUACAUUUUUUUUUUUCAUUUUGCUUUUUAUCUUUU